GUUGUCUCCCACCUCCACUUUCAAACAGGACCACGGCUUGGCAAGACCUGAAAGGCAUCAUGUGACUCUGCAUCUGCUCUCAGUUGUGGCAAGAUAACCACGCAACGAGGGAGAGAGGGAGCGAGGGGGAGAGUUGAGGAGGAGCUUGCAGCGAUAAGAUUCAGUCCACGCGCCAUCAGCAUCUCAAACUUGCAGCCUCUCCAUCCAUCCUCAUCUCUCUCCGGCGCACACAACCCACUGGCGUUUUAUUUAGUUUCCUUUCUCUCAUUCUCCGUUGGAAGGUGCACAGGUGCAUCCCGCGGUUCAUACUCGCUCUGUGCUUAGUUGAUUAUGGUCACAACCCCCGCGGUGCCAAGGUGGAGUCACCCCGCGUAUCUCGGAUCGGUGCGCUUCUCCAGGGGCUGGGAUGCGCACCGGGCACCUCUCGCUUCCUGCCUAGUUUCGGGUCUGAGCAGGACUCAAGCGCGGCCCCAGGGCGCCGAGGAAGGAGGACCCAGUCGACCCGGAGCAGGAUGCCGGUGAUGAGAGGGCUGCUGGCCCCGCAAAACACCUUCCUGGACACCAUCGCCACCCGCUUCGAUGGCACCCACAGCAACUUUGUGCUGGGAAACGCCCAGGUGCAGUCUCUCUAUCCCAUCGUCUACUGCUCUGACGGUUUCUGCGAGCUCACCGGUUACGCCCGAGCUGAGCUCAUGCAGAAGAGCUGCGCCUGUCACUUCCUGUACGGCCCGGAAACAAGUGACCGGUUGACGGCUCAGAUCCAAGGAGCCCUGGAUGAGAGGAGGGAGUUCAAGACCGAGCUGGUCUUCUACAAGAAGGAAGGUACACAGUUCUGGUGUCUUCUGGACAUUGUACCCAUUAAGAAUGAGAAGGGCGAGGUGGUUCUGUUCCUCGUGUCCCACAAAGACAUCACGGACAAGAAGAAGGACCAGGAUCCAGAGCAAGGACCCGACACAGAUGAAGAGACGGGUCUGGAGGUGCAUCAGGUAACUCGCCCUCCAGGCUUCAAUGCCAACCGGCGCCGCAGCAGAGCUGUUCUCUAUCACCUGUCGGGACACCUGCAGAAACAAGACAAGAGCAAGCUCAAGAUCAACAAUAACAUGUUCGGGGAGAAGCCUCCGAUCCCGGAGUACAAGGUAGCAGCCAUCCAGAAGUCUCGCUUCAUCCUGCUUCACUAUGGAACCUUCAAGGCCGGCUGGGAUUGGUUGAUCCUGCUGGCGACCUUCUAUGUGGCCGUCACUGUUCCCUAUAACGUGUGUUUCACAGUGGUGGGAGGGCGGGAUGAAGGGAGCAGCACAGCCCCACGGAGCCCACCCAGCGUCAGUGACAUCCUCGUAGAGAUUCUGUUUAUUUUAGACAUACUGCUGAACUUUCGAACCACUUUUGUGAGCACGUCGGGUCAGGUCGUGUACGACGCCCGCUCCAUCUGCGUCCACUACGUCACCACAUGGCUCUUUGUCGACCUCAUUGCUGCCCUGCCCUUCGACCUGCUGUACGCUUUCAACGUCAGCGUGUACUUUGGGGUCCACCUGUUGAAGACGGUCCGGCUGCUGCGGUUGCUGCGGCUGCUGCAGAAGCUGGAGCGAUACUCCCAGUACAGCGCUGUGGUUCUCACUCUGCUGAUGUCUAUGUUCGCCCUGCUGGCCCACUGGAUGGCGUGCGUCUGGUACUUCAUAGGCCGCAAAGAGAUCGAAAGUCCUGGCUCCUGGGACAUUGGUUGGCUCCAUGAGCUGGCCAAGCGCCUGGGGACGCCCUACUUCCUGCCCACCCUCACAACGCUGGUCCCCACCACAGUCAGCAGCCUCCUGGCCAACAGCAGUCAGUGGAACGUGUCGGGGUCAGAGGUCGGGAGUCAGGGCUCCUGGAACUCCAGCCAGUAUUACGGAAACAUGUCUGGAGGCGAGGCCGUGUUGGGAAUGGGCACCGGCAGCGGGGUGCUGGGUGGCGGUCCGUCGAUGCGCAGCAGCUAUGUGACAUCACUGUACUUUGCUCUGAGCAGUCUCACCAGUGUGGGGUUUGGAAAUGUGUCAGCAAACACGGACUCUGAGAAGAUCUUCUCCAUCUGCACCAUGCUCAUAGGAGCGCUGAUGCAUGCAGUGGUGUUUGGUAACGUGACCGCCAUCAUCCAGAGGAUGUAUUCACGCCGCUCGCUGUACCACACCCGCACCAAGGACCUGAAGGACUUCAUCAGGGUCCAUCGGCUGCCCAAGGCCCUGGAGCAGCGCAUGCUGGAGUGUUUCCAGACCACGUGGUCGGUCAACAAUGGGAUAGACGUCAGUGAGCUACUGAAGGACUUCCCAGACGAGCUAAGGGCUGACAUCGCCAUGCACCUGAACAAGGAGCUGCUCCAGCUGCCUCUGUUCGAGUCGGCCAGCAGGGGCUGCCUGCGCUCCCUCUCCCUCAUCAUCAAGACCUCCUUCUGUGCUCCGGGCGAAUUCCUCAUCAGGCAGGGAGACGCCCUGCAGGCCAUCUACUUCGUCUGCUCAGGGUCCAUGGAGGUGCUGAAAGACAACACUGUGCUGGCCAUCCUGGGUAAAGGAGAUCUGAUUGGCUCAGACUCCCUCACGAAGGAGCAGGUGAUCAAGACCAACGCCAACGUCAAGGCCCUGACCUACUGCGACCUGCAGUACAUCAGCCUCAAGGGCCUCCGUGAGGUCCUCCGACUCUACCCCGAGUACGCCCAGAAGUUUGUUAGCGAGAUACAGCACGACCUCACGUACAAUCUGCGAGAAGGCCACGGGGCUGACGUGGACUGGGAGAGUAACGGUGGCCUGGUGAAGAAGCUGCCAUCGAUCCGUGAGGACGAAGAGGGCGACGAGGAGCAGAACACAGUGUCCCGUGCUCCUCGCUCCCCGCUGCGUCUCAGCAGGGGGCUCAGCUCUCCCCUGCGCUCUCCUCUGCUGCCACCCAGGCCGUUCCGUGCUCCCUCCGAGCAUUCCCGCCCCACCACCCUGCAGAUACCGGUGGUCAGCUUCAGCAGCGCGCCGCCUGAACUCAGCCCCAGAUUCGUGGACGGCAUUGAAACUGAGAGCAACUGCACGUCAUCACAGAAGUUUGAGUUCAGUCCCAGCAUGUCACCUGCAGCACCACCGUCCCCGUACCCAGGGAUCCGUGAGCACUCUGAGAUCAAGCAGAGUGUGUCUAAACUGACUGAGGAGAUGAACAGUCUCUCUAAACAAGUCUCCAAGCUCAGUCAGGAGUUGCAGGAAAUGACACGCCUGCUCAAGCCCCUCCUCCAAACAGCACCACAGCCAAUCCUGAUGACCAUGAUGCCAAAUCUAACCCCGCCUCCAAGCAGCGCCAGCCAGCUGUCCACAAGCACCUGCCUGGUGCUGCAGCCCCCCGCCACACCUUGCUCCCUCCAGAGACCUGAAACUCACUCCCUGUUGGACAGUGGAGACAUUGAGGGUGUGGACCUGCCAGGUUGCCUUCUCCCGACUCCUCAUUCACCGAAAAGGCCUAACUCAUCAUCUUCAGCUUUGCCCCAGGUCCCAUCCAAACCCCCAGGGUGCAACGUAACGGGCCCCACCCACUCCAACCCCUCCUCCCCAGAGGAGGCGCAUCCCGAGGGCCUCCGAAGCCUCAACGCUUCCUCCAGUAACGGGAUAUUUUUGCCCUCGCUGCAGGACCAGCCUCCCCUGGCCUCUCACACCCCGUCACCCUCUCUGUCCUUCUCCAUGUCUCUCUGCUCCUCGCCAUCUCUGUCCCCCUGCCAAGGCCCCCACCCAUCCCGACCUGGCAGCUGUGCCAGCAGAGGCCUGCUCCCCCCGCCACCCUCCCAGGACACCCCUCCUCCCCCGUCCUCCCACUGCUCAGCUCCCCCAUCGCUCACAUCUUCGCCAGGAGACCAUCGGCUGAGGCCUUCCCCCUCCGUCCCUCUCGUCUCUCCCCCCGUCUCCCUCCACCCCUCCACCGUCUCCCUGCCCUUGUCUCUGGACUUUGUCAGUGCACAGGGAAGGCCGGGAGACAGCCAGACGCCACCUUGGUGUAACUCGCAGCUGCGCCGCGGGGAGGCCAGACCCGUCACUCAGCCACAGGAGCUGGAGAUGCAGGAGUGGGGACGACAGGCGGAGGAGAGCAAGUCCUCCACAGAGCACAUCAGCUUCAUCGACGAAGAGGAGCCAGCGUUAUGAACGAGUUGGAACUGAGUGAGAGAUGAUAAAAGAGCAGCAGAGAAUCAAAGAGAUGAAAAAAGGGGAACAAUGGAGAUCAGAUCAGGGAAAGUGACGGCUGCAUGAUGGAGUGAAGACCGACGGGGAAACAGACACCUGGUCCAUUUCACACAGGAAGUGAUGCUCAAAGGACAGACAGGAAACACACCUGGGAGGCCGACACGCAACGCCAGCUGUGAGCAAAUCAGUGUGAGGGAGUACUUUUCUACACUGAUCAACAACAACAGCACAACUUGUCUUACAGUAUCAACACGUCAGUAGCAUCAGUCGACCCCCGCAGCUACUGGGACACGUAGGACCAGAGCUUUUUAACCAGUUCCACUGAACUCUGGAGCCGAAUUUUUCCAGCUGACUUAAUGUUGCUUUUUAAACCCAGUAUGGAUGUCUCCUCCUCUUCAAAGGGCAGGUACAAACACACAUAUCUCAGCGGGACACGUCUUUAACAAAGCCAGAUAGUCGGAGCCACAGCACUGGGACUGGGAAUGUAAACUCUUCGUUCAGUCUCAGACAGAUCAGGUCACCUCUCCUGGAGAGCCAGUUCGUUUCAUCAGUGGGAUUAUUUUUUAAAGUAUCAUCCUCUGGGCUGGUGGAGGGAAGCUGACAUCAUCUUCAGAGUCAUACACACGGCCGUUACUCAUGUUCACAAAAAAAACCAAAAAAACAGAGAUGUUUAAAUUGGUUUUAACUUCUGACAGAAACUUUUUUCCCCCAUAAAAUAAGUUUGAGGGAAGAACCCCGAUUUUAAACAGUCAGGACGCUGUGUGAAUAAAAACAGAAUGCAACAUAUAUUUAAUUGGAUACAGUACAAAGAUAUUUAAUGUUCAAACUGAUAAACUUAUUCUGAAUUUUAUACCUGCAGCACUUUCCAAAACCUUUUCACCUUUUCUUUGGAACCGAGGACACCAAUUGUUGAAGUUUUGAAAGUGAAAUUUCUCAAGCAGGCCCCCAAAAAUUUUGAAGACUGACAGACUGUGGAAGAAAAUCCCAUGUGAACACUGUGAGAGAUUAGUUUCUUCUUACAGGAAGCGUCUUGAAGCGUACAUUGCAAACAAAAGUAUUAUAUAAAUUGUAUUUAGUGUUUUCACUACUUUUUCCUGGUGUCAUUCCACUUUACGCACAUAAUUUUUAGGGAUUGAAAUGUUAGGAUUUCUUUAUUAGUGUAGUUUUAUAGAGUUAAAAGAAUACUGCACUUGCAAAAUGACCAUUUGUAAAUAAGUUACCGUGCGUUAGGUUAAAUCUGUGAAGAAAAGUUUGUCCUUCCUGUGCGGCAAAGUGAACGUAGAAUCCAAUCCAAUACUCGCCAUGAAAUUAAGUGAACAAAGGCCGCAUUUAACAAAAGCAAAACUACAUCAAAACAUCUUUUUACAAACUCUCACAACACUUGCAGUAUAAUCCCAGUCCCAUUUAUGCAGUCACAUGCAUUUUCACUAAAACAUUUUACUUUAAAAAACUUCCAGCUACACAUAGUGCACACGUGUGCAUAUGAGCUGCGCUAGAGCGGAGUUCAAACGCAUGCCCAGGCAGGCUACUCGGCCAUCCAGCCUGGUGUGGCUACACAUUUUGACAGAUAAAGGCCUGUCUCGAUUAGAGGCCUGGUCUGGUUCCCACGCAGUUCUUUUUUUUUUUAUUAUAAAAAGAUGUAUAAAAACGGGUUGUUGGCUACCUCAAAUUAUGUGUCCAUUCCUUGAUGACCCUGUGAGUUAUUCAUAUUUCUAUGGUCCAUAAGGGUCCUCAGAUCAAAAGAUAAAUCCAAGUUGUGAGGGUCGUUUAACAGGAUAAAGUGGUGACGUAACUCACUCUCUGAUGCUCUGUCUGUCGGAGUUUUUAUCUGAAGCCUAAUUUCAUACAAGUAAUAUUCAUACUGGUUUCAAUAAACAGUUUGAUUGUAUUUC